ACAUGGCCGCCUACUAUUUACAACUCGUAAUGAGCUGGUGAAUGGAAACAAAGUCCUGAAGUAGAGGGACUUCAGAUAGUCUUCUACGUUACUUGUACUCUCCGGCUUUAGGUGAAACUUUGAUACCGUCGAGGAAAAGCGUGUGGACAGCCGAACUGCGAGCAGAACCAAAGGACAAGCAAGCCACAAUACAGGCUAGUGGGUGCUGUGAUGUCCUCGACUCCCAGCAGACUCAAACACCCACACUGCAGGAAGAAGCACUAUCCUAGUAGCACUUACCUCACCCACGUCUGACAGCCAACCGCCUGACACAAGGCACUUGGACCCCAGGUAGAGGACUUCACAGAAGAUAUUGAUAAACACAGAGAGAUGUCCGACUCGGCUGGAGGUGGUGAAAGCGGAGGUGUGGCAGCCACAGGUCAGGACACAGAAGCUGACAAUGAGCCCCCCCAUCGGGCCCCACUUUUAUUUGAAGGUGACCACUUACAGUUGGGGGAGCUCCGGGAGGAAGGGGCAGCCCCGGCUGCCAAGCGGCUCAGGAUGAGCGGAGAGGAACACGGGCAGGGACGGGUUGCAGAGCCCGUCAUGAUGCAUGGAGAAACACCAGCACAGGCUGGCUUGCUGCCAGAAGACUCAGCGUCACCAGCACAACGCACAGGAGAACCAACAAAAUGUGAGGAGAAAGAUCAAGGAGGGGAAGAGGUACCUGUCAGUGACAGAGGUGAAGAUGAAUGCCAUGAGAAUGGAAAUGGGGGGCAUGAUGCACCCUUAGACGAAGGAGAGACAAAAUCAGAGGAGGAGCUCAACGCUAACGGAUCUGCAGACAGCCCCAGUGAUGGGCAGCACCUUGGCUUAGAUUUUACCCAGAACCCCCAAAUGCUGACUGGUUCUUGGGCUGAGUACUCAAGCCUUCCAGAGAAUUACCUGAAGGGCUGCAAAUGGGCCCCUGAUGGUUCCUGUAUCCUGACUAACAGUGCAGACAAUGUGCUCCGUGUAUACAACCUCCCUCCAGAGAUUUACAGCUACAACUGGGACUUGCUUCCAGAGAUGAGUCCAGUGCUGAGGAUGGCAGAGGGAGAUACCAUCUACGACUACUGCUGGUACCCCAAGAUGAACUCUCUGGAUCCCGACACAUGCUUUCUAGCCAGCAGUAGCCGUGACAACCCAGUCCAUGUAUGGGAUGCAUUUUACGGGGAAGUGCGAGCCAGUUUCCGACCCUACAAUCACCUGGACGAGCUAACAGCGGCUCACUCGCUCUGCUUCUCACCUGACGGCACGCAGCUCUACUGCGGCUUUGACAAAACGGUCAGAGUCUUCUACACCGAGCGUCCUGGCAGAGACUGUGAGGAGCGGCCCACAGUAGUGAAGAAGCAAGGCCAAAGUGGCAUCAUCUCCUGCUUUGGCUUCAGCCCGUGCCAGUCUGUUUAUGCCUGUGGCUCUUACUCCCGCUGCGCUGGCCUCUACUCCUGCCAAGACGGCACCCUGCUGGCUCUGCUGCCGACCCGUCACCACGGAGGGCUCACCCAUCUGCUCUUCUCCCCCGACGGCAACUACCUGUACACCGGCGGGCGCAAGGAUCCAGAGAUUCUGUGCUGGGAUUUAAGAGAGCCGGGAAAGGUUGUGUUUUCACUUAAGAGGAACGUUACCACUAACCAGCGCAUCUACUUUGACCUGGACGUGUCAGGCAGGUACUUGCUGAGCGGCGACACAGAGGGAGUGGUGUCAGUGUGGGACACCCAGACAGCUCCUCCUGAGGGUAAUGAGGAGCUACUGCAACCUCAGCUGAGGUACCAGGCUCACUGGGACUGCACCAAUGGCAUCAGUAUUCAUCCCUUCAUGCCGUUGAUAGCGACCUCCAGCGGCCAGCGCCAGUUCCUGUGGCCCGACGACAGCGAGGGUGACUCGGCCUCUGACAGUGAGGGAGGUGAAGCUGUGAUGUCACCGCAGGAGAUCAAACAAGACAACGCCCUGAGCCUAUGGUGGGCCGGACCACUCGGCCCCGCCACAGAUGGGAACCAGGAGCCGAACACAUUGGCAGUGGAGGCCUGAAGUUCUGUUAGUUCAACCAGAAGACACAAAUUGAGUUACACCUCCCACAUGAUGUUUAUUUUGGGAAUGUUGGGUGUGGGUAAAAUGAAUUAUCGAUCAGUCAAAUUCUUUUUUUCCAUUGGUAACAUGAAGUCCUGAGGUGGAAAAGCAUUACUGGAUCAUUUUUAAACAUCCAGUGUACUUAAACAUGACACGUUCACACACACGGUCCAAAUAAAUUACUGAAAUUGAAUCUUAACAUAUCAGCAGCAGGUUUACAAGUAGUGCAGUUGUCAGCAGAGUUAAAAUGAAAGGAUUAUGAAACAUUGCACAUCAGGCCAGGACAGAUUUUCAGGGCCCUGUUUUUGAAGACUUUAUAAAUUUAAUGCCAGUUCAGUAAAUAUGAAUUGGACCUAAAGGGUAAGACUGGUCAACACUAAAAGCAAGGUUUUCUUCAAAACCUUACUUAGGUUGAGACAAGAAGUGGGUUGCAUAAGAAGUGGAUUGGGCCUUGAUAUUUCCUUUUCCAAUUUUGUUAUUAAAUUUGUGAGAGAACUUUUUUUUUUUUUUUGAAAAGAUGAAAUGUAAUGAAUCUUUUAUGAAACUCUUGUUUACCUGUUUUCUUUUUUUAAAGUGGAAUCUUUCCUAAAUUGGACGGAUUUGGUUGAAUUGAAAUUUUCGACUGUGGUGUGAAGCGGCCCAGUGUCUGUCUACUGAUUGCACCUCCGAUCUGAGUUGUAUUUGUGGGAGUACUAGUUUACGUGUGUGUGUGUGUGUGUGUGUGUGUGUGUGUGUGUGUGUGUGUGCGUGUGUGCGUGUGUGGCUGUAACGCUGCCCCGGAGAUUCUUAACUGCUAUUGUUACAGUAAGUGCCAUUUGUUCUUGAGCUUUGCUUUUGUAAACUGAUGGAAUCUCCGGUUUUUACCUUCUUUUUUAAACUAUUGGACGCACCAAGUCGUUGUGUCGCUCUGUGCAUGCCCACAAAACGUAUAUUUUUGUAAAGCCAUGAUGUUGAUUCUCAUUUUCGAAUGUACACUCUGUAAGCAGCUAGCUUGAUUACUGUAACCUCAUAACAAUCUGUGAAAGUCUUUAAUUGGUGGGUGCACCUGUGAAAUGAGCAAUGUCUUAUUUUUUUCUACCGGGUGUGCUCAGAUUACAUUUGUAACUGUGUGAAUGGUAAACGUGGCAGCACAAAACACAUUGUAUUUGAAUAAUCGCAUUAAUAAUGUACUGCGGUGGUUUGCUCAGUGCUUAUGUUGCCAUCAGUGGGGUGUGCUUUGCUGUAGGGUUUCUUUGCAGGUUGGUCAGAGGCUCAGCCCGCUCCAACCAAAGCCUUGUAUCUUUAGAAACUGAUAAAUCUAUUAAUUUGC